CAAUUCCCCCUGUCCCAGCACCUGAAGCACACUAGCAGGAAGGAGAUCCACUUUGGCAGUCCACAGCAACUGUGCUUUGAUGUCAGGCAAGAGCAGGUGAUUCUUCAGAAGUGCACGGAAGAAGGCCCUGCCAUCCAUCAACAACACUGGGACUUCCAAGAGAAUGGAAUGAUUGUCCACAUUCUUUCUGGGAAAUGCAUGGAAGCUGUGGUGCAGGAAAACAGUAAAGAUUUGUACUUGCGCCAGUGUGAUGGAAAAGCCAGCCAGCUGUGGCGAUUUGACAACGUCAGCAGCGUGGAUAAAUGAUGAAUGCCGGUGUCAGAGGGAAAAGAGAAGUUUAGUCAUCACAGUUCAGCCCCAAGAGAACUAAAAGAGCAUGUAUAUUUCAUGAAGCAGAUCCUUUUGUGUUUGUAUUCCUGGUGAUAGUAGAGAAGAAAGCUCCGUGAAUGAAUAUAGAAAGUCUUUCCUUCUUGCACCUUUUUGCAUUGACUUCUGGAUGUUUUAGAAAAAGAAAAAAAAAAGGGAUUCAUUGUCUCAUUGUCUUCAUCUCUGAUAGAUGGUCAUUACAUAGUACAGAAGAUUGUUUUGUUUUGUUUUUUUCCAUUGAGCACUUGAUAAUUACUUUUAUCGCUGAUAAAGGAAAGAGGUAUGGACAGUCUCGGGCAACACCUCCAAGUAUACAUAAAUCCAAUUGAUAAAUUUUUUGCAAAUGGCCCUACCGUGGAUCAUCUGUGUAGCCAACCAUGAAAAUUAAAGUGUGAAGAGGUUGUGAGGGCCUGAAAUCUCCAAAACUUUGGAUUAAGUUCAUUAGGACAAAUUCCAUGUUCAUUGGCUGAGCCAUAGCUCGGAAGAAGGAAGAGAAGUCACUGAGCAAAGAGUUGGGUUGAAGAGAGAUGAAGAGCUUUGACCCAAUUUUCCAGCUCAACCUGGCAGCCGGCAAGAGCCAGCAGACCUGGAAUAGGAUGUUUUCAUGUAAAUGAGAAUUUCCUCCAUACUUUCUACCUCCAUUCACCCUGCACUAGCCCUUCUCUACCUUGGAUAACCCCAACCAGAAUCUCAUGCAAUGUAUUUCUCUUUAGUCGUUGCUAUUGGAAGGGUCAGCUCAGACUGAGCGUUCCCAAUAACAAAGUGUAUACAGUUGAGAAACUCUGCUGAUGCCUUGUUAUAAGGUUUGCAUUGACUGGAUCAGAAAGAGCAACCUCCAUAAAGAGGUAAGCCUCCCAGAAGGGAAAUGUCUGCAUUUGAGCCAAAAUUCAUAUGAAAGGAACCAGAGUUGGGUAUUAAUGUCCAUUAGGACUGACGUGGCCGUUUCUGAGCCUGGGACCCCCAAAUGUGCCCACAGGUUGAAUGUUCACAACUGGGGGAGGAACAUGCUUCCACUAGAGCCGAGCCAGUGCUGGCAAGAGCUAAAUGGCUCUCCUUGAUGUGCUGGCCUACCUAGUUCGGCCAUAAGGAGCUGUUGAGUGGCGUUGGUUCUGCUGUUAAGAAGACACCAUUUAUGCCUAUUUCUCCUCCAAGUGGAGUUCACUCUCCAUGUGGUCAGCUUAGAAACCUCCCUUCAAAGAUACUGAUCUCCUCUGGGCUAUCUCAGAAUUCAAUGUGUUUCAAAUAAGAAAAACUAGGUAGGAAGUGAGGGCUUCUAAACAAUGCCUAUCAUAAUUAUGUAUUCUUUUUCCACCAGCUUAAGUCAAUGGCCCACUGCAUUUCUUCUUCCUCAGAAUACACUCCAGACUUGUGCUGUCUAUGGUAGCCAUUAGCUGCAUGUGGUUAUUUGAAUGUAAAUUCAUUAAAAUUUUUUUAAAAAUUGAAACUCAGUUCUUCAGUUGUACUGUUCACAUUUCUAGUGCUUAAUAGCUGCCCAUGCCUAGUGGCUACUGUAUUGGAGAGCACAGAUAUAGAACAUUCUAUCACUGCAAAUAGUUCUAUUGGACAGUGUUGAUCUGGAUAGAUUCAUCAUCCCAUUGAGAGAAGAGAUUUUAGCCACUGUCUUCUUCCUUCAGACAUGUCUAUAUUUAAAACAAAUUCCCCUAACAUCCUGAGGCUGAGAUGGAGCUAAAAAUUCUCAGAUGGCAACCUUGUAAAUGGAAUUAAUAGUGGCAAACUAAAAUUAAACAAGACUUCUAUUUUUUUAAAUGAACUUAAUUAUUGGCAUUGUAUUUGAAGUUGCUGGAAUAAAUUAAUAUAAUUAAAUAAAAGGCUGAAUUCAA